GCGUGCGCGGCGCUCGGCGGCUGCGCCCGCGGCGGCCUGGCGGGGCGGGAGGUGCGGCCCCGGGCGAUGGCGGCGGGCGUGCGGGUGCUCCCCGCCUCCCCUAACUGGUACAGCAGCCGCUGUAGCGACGCUAGCAGCGAUGGCCGCCUCUUCGGCUUCGCGGCGAGGUACCGCGUCUGCCUGCUGGAUGUCGGUGCUGCGGCCGCCGCACCCGCCUUUUACGGAGAGCUCAUCGGACACACGGACAGGAUCUCCGGGUUCGCGUUUUGCCACUGCCCCGGGCAGAGCAACCUCUGCGCCAGCAGCUCCGACGACGGUAGCAUCAAAAUCUGGGACACGGAGGCCCUGGCGGCGGUGGGGGAGUACAGCCUGCACCAGAACGCGAUCUCGGCAUUGCACUGGUCACCUCUUGUGAAAGAUCUGAUUGUAUCUGGUGAUGAAAAAGGUGUAAUUGUUUGUUACUGGCACAAUAGAAGUGACAGCCAGCAGUUCUUCCCAGAGCCUCGGACAAUUUUUUGUCUCACUUGUUCUCCUCAUCAUGAAAACCUGGUGGCGAUUGGCUACAAGGAUGGCAUGGUGGUUAUAAUUGAUAUCAGCAGGAAAAGAGAAGUAAUUCAUCGGCUAAGAGGCCAUGAUGAUGAAAUACAUUGUCUGGCCUGGUGCCCUGUGCUUGGUGAAGAAAGGUUACUUGCUUGGCAAGAUGAGCUCCAAGUUCCUUCAGAGGACAGCAAAGUUCCAAAUGGGGAGCUGACGCAGGACACAACAACGAAAAAAGGUUGUUACUUGGCUUCAGGAAGCAAAGAUCAGACCAUACGAAUAUGGAGCUGUACUAGAGGCAGAAGUAUAACGACUUUGAAGUUGCCACCCACGAAGAGAAGAGGUGGAGCCAUUGAUCCUGCUGUUAAAGAGCGCAUUUGGCUGACUGUUCACUGGCCUUCUGGUCGUUCCACAGAAAUUCUAUCCAGCUGUUUUGGAGGAGAACUGCUACUCUGGGAUUUGACCCAAUCUGGAAAACGCAAGUGGACACUUCUAGGAUCUUCAGAGGGACAAAAUCACUCCCGUAUUGUCUUCAAUCUCUGUUCUGUGAAGCGACAAGACAAGGAGCUCCUUUUUUCCAUUUCAAUGGACAGAGAUGUGAAGUGCUGGGACCUCUCAACUCUCAACUGUAGCUGGACUUUGCCCUCGCUUGGGGGGUUUGUCUAUAGUCUUGCCUUCUCCCCUGUGGACACAGGCUGUCUUGCCAUCGGUGUUGGAGACAGCAUGAUCCGGGUGUGGAAUACUUUAUCCAUGAACAAUAUUUAUGAUGUUAAAACCUUCUGGCAAAGCAUAAAGUCCAAGGUUACAGCAUUAUCUUGGCAUCCAACUAAGGAAGGCUGCUUGGCUUUUGGAACAGAUGAUGGAAAAGUUGGCAUAUUGGACACCUUCUCCAGCAGUGCUAAGAAUAAACCACCUCAGAUCUCCAGUACUUACCACAAGAAGACUGUAUACGCACUAGCCUGGGGGCCGCCAACUCCUCCUUUGUCUUCUGGUGAGUCUUCCAGCACCUUGUGACAAAGUGAACAGCCCUCUGUAACUUUAUAUAGUUGUGCUGGAGAAGGCAUUGUUUUUCAACACAACCCCUGGAACCUUAAUGGAGAGGCAAAUGACAUCAACAAAGUCAUCCGAGACACUAAUUCAAUCAAACACAAACUGCCUGCGCGUACAGAGGUCAGCUGGAAACCAGAUGGCAAACUCUUGGCUCUUGGCAAUGAAGAUGGCUCAAUUGAAAUAUUUCAGGCACCAAACUUGAAGUUACUCUGCACUAUCCAGCAACAUCAUAAACUGAUUAACGCUAUUCGUUGGCAUCAUGAGCAUGGGAGCCAGCCAGAGCUGAGCUACUUGAUAGCUUCAGGCUCAAUCAAUGCCACUAUUUAUGUACAUAAUCUGAAGAGUGUUGCAGAAAGCACUUCAGAAAGUCCUUUGAUAAUAACAGAGCCUUUUCGAACUCUGGCUGGACACACAGCUAAAAUCACAAGUCUUUCCUGGAGUCCCCACCAUGAGGGGAGAUUGGUAUCUGCUUGCUACGAUGGCACUGCACAGGUAUGGGAUGUUAUGAAGGAAGAGCCACUUUGCAACUACCGAGGGCACCAGGGCCGGCUGCUCAGUGUCCAGUGGUCACCAGUGGAUUCAGAUUCCGUUUAUACAGGAGCAGAUGAUUUUUCUGUUCACAAAUGGCAAAUCUCAAAGCAGGAGCAUACACGGCCUCCUCAGGGCAAAAAGAGUAUAGAAUUAGAGAAAAAAAGAAGUAUGCAACCAAAAGUCAAAACGAAGAAGAAGAAAAAGCCUAUAGGAAAGAGUCCAACCAAGCAGGAUCUAAGUGAUGCCGUGAAUGGAGAUGAAAGCGCGAAGGAAAUGUUACUAGAGGAAAAUGGAGUGUCAGACCAUGAAGGAGAAAAAGAAGCUCAGGAGGCAGAGCUUUCUGAUAAAGUCUCCGUGACUGUGUCCAAGGAUACAUCAUCAUCUGCGUAUAAUUUUUCUUCACUCAGCUUGCCAAAGCCUUUUGUGAUCCAGAAAGCCAUUCCUGUGAAAAAGGAUCCAGCUAAAGAGAAACCAACUCUUGAUGCCUCUCUGAAGAAGAGGAAGCCGCGUUCUAUUCUACCCUUCAGCACAUUCAUGGAUCACAGAUCAAAAGAUGAAUUGCAUCAGGACUGCUUGAGGCUGGCUACACAUCUGAAAACCAAAGAUAAUAAUGAAGAUGUGUCCCCUGACCUCAAGGACUGCAUCCACUUGGGGCUGUUCACAGACAGGGCUUCUCUGCACAAGAUGAUUGAUGUGGAAGGAAAACAUCACCUGGAGAAUGGGCAUCCAGAGCUCUUUCAGCAGCUCAUGUUGUGGAAAGGAGAUAUGAAGGGUGUCCUCCAGGCAGCUGCUGAGAGGGGAGAGCUAACAGACCAGCUGGUAGCAAUCUCACCCAUGGUUGGAUAUCAGGCCUGGGUUUGGACAGUAGAAGCCUUUGUGAAGCAGCUGUGUUUUCAGGAGCAGUAUGUCAAGGCUGCCUCCCAUCUGCUGUCCAUCCAUAAAGUAUAUGAGGCUGUUGAACUCCUGAAAGUGAACCAUUUUUACAGGGAAGCAAUUGUAAUUGCUAAGGCCAGGUUGCGUCCAGAAGAUCCAAUUCUGAAGGAUCUCUACACCAGUUGGGCAGCUCUGUUAGAGAAAGAUGGUCAUUAUUCCAUGGCUGCCAAAUGUUAUUUGGGGGCUUCCUCACCCUAUGAUGCAGUUAAGGUGUUGUCAAGAAAGGGGGACGUGACAUCCCUUAAGACUGCUGCUGAGGUUGCACAGAUAUCUGGAGAGGAGGAGUUGUCAGCAUCCUUGUCGUUCAGAUGUGCCCAAGACCUGCUGUUAUCCAGGAACUGGGUGGGAGCUCAGGAAGUCCUUCAGCAACAUAAAACUCUAUUUGGACAAAGGCUUGUUUUCUGCCUUAACGAACUGCUUUGCAAGUGCCUUAGUGAAAGAAAUCCCUGUGACCGAAAGAGCCCCGUGCCUCCCUGUUAUCACAGCUGGGAACUGAACAGAGAGGCCUCAUUUUUUGACAUGGUGAUAGAAGUGUGGCAGAAUGUAUUGGGCAUGGACACCACCGAACAAGCCAUGUGUGCACGGGAGCAGCUGCGCAGUAUUGAGCAUCCUGUUUCUACAAGCAACACACACCCAAAGCAGGUGCUUUUCCAUAUCUCCCAUGACCUGACCCUUGCAGCCCUGAGCUAUCAGACUGCUAUGUGGGAUGAGGCAGUGAAAAGUAUUCUCGGAGCUGUGACCCGCAGUUACGAUGCUGGUAAUUUCACUCUGAUGCAAGAGAUCUGCAGUAUCGUCCUCCCUGAAGGCUGUGAUAACCUGAGACGCAAACUGGACAGCACAAAUUCUCAGAGCAUGGACGCUUGCAGAAGUUUAGAGGGCUUUGUGGCUUACAGACUCCUGUAUGACCUGUGGUGGAACCCACCCAAAGGCUCCCUUGUCUCGCAGAAGGCUGAUUUGGAUCCCGUGCUGUGUCCCAGUGAGCAGACAGCUCUUGAGAAGAGUUAUGUUUCAGGUCAGUCCUCUGAAGAAACUCCUGAUCAAACUGCAGCUGAGAUGGAUGAAAACCUCCGCAAUACAACUGCAGUUCGUGUGUGUGAGACAGAAAGUGACUCAAGAACUAGCUCAGGCAAUUCGGUAGACAGACCGUCAAAACUGGACGGCUGCAAAGUGCUUCUUUCCGAAGAGAUCGCUGCUUUACAGAACACCCAGAGAGAUAUAGCUGAGGUCCAGCAGACUUUAGCAGAUAUGAUCCGCCAACAUCAGCAGCAGAGGAACAGUCUUCAGGAAAACACAAAUGGAAGCACCCACGAGAGCAACCUGCAGCAGAGUUCAGAGGCUGAAUCAGACAAACCAUGCUCUGACAGCAGCCAGAUGAAUUGUGAAGUAAAGGAACCAAUUACACUCCCUGAACUAACAAAGCAGCUUCUAAAAGCAAAGCAGAAACUAGCAGAAUUUCCAGACAAUUUGAAGGUGUUCCCGUUCCCCGACGUGCUGGAGUGCUGCCUCGUGCUCCUUCACGUUGGAUCCCAGUGCCCUCCCGAACUAUGCGAACAGGCACUGGAUCUCCUUAGGAAACAUGGCAGCGCUAAUACUUACAAAAAGGCUGGCAGGAGGUUCCUGACAUGACAUUUUGAGACCAAACUGUCUCCCUUGAACUGCCUACAGCUACUUAACACCAAGGCUGUUCUUUCUUCAAGUGAAGGCGCUUGUUUUGAUAGCCGUGGUUAUUUUGGAUAAAACUACAAAAAAUCAGGUUUAUUUACAGAUUCAGUCGUGGUCAUUAACUAGUACUAUUUAAGGAGAUUGUGUGAGAAAACUGAAAAGCAGUAGGUUGUAGGCUUGAACUGUAUACAGGAUUUUUGUACAGUCUUUUUAUUUGUUGGAAGUUAUCCUAAUGAAAGCUCUUGCUAUUUACAUGCAAGAGAAACAGUUUUGAGCAGCUCUGUCAGCCUUUCAGCAGAGGAGGAAUAGUAGCUGCCCUCAGGAAAAACAACAGUUUCUGCAAGCACACUGACCCUUAAGUCAGUAGUGUUCUUAAAAGCAUUCUGAGUUUAUUUUCUUUUUAAAUAAAGCCUUCUACCACCAUGAAUUGGCUUUUAAUUUGAUGGCUGGAAAUCAGUACCAAUCAAGGCCUAAUGCAUUAAACAUCAGCCUCUGCUUUUGUUUUUGUUAAAGUGCUACAUAAAAUCAAACUCGGCACACACUUGUUUUAUCUGAUAUGACUUAGCUUUGUGGGGUGAAGCCACCUGUACAACAUAAAAAAGGGGGGGGCAGGACCUUUUAUAGUUGUUUCCAGCACAACUGGCAGGAGAUAAGGGAUUUCUGCAGGUCAAGAAAGUCCCUGCUUUUGCCAGCAGCCAUGGCUGAACAAACUGCUUCUUUGCUACAGUGAUGGCAGAGUUGAGGCACUAUCACGUUCUCUAGAAAAGCUGCUAUUCUAGAAGUGCCAAAACCAACCCUAGAUUCUGGAUUCUCGAACAUGCAAUGGUCUGACCAGUCUUAAAGUUUACCUGAAGGUUUUGCCUGUCUUGUUAGAAAAACUAACUCUUCCUAAGAAAAGAACAAGGCUGCAAAAGCCUUACUAAACAUAGCAUCUAUCUUAGUAAUUUCUAGAGGCAAGUUUUAAAUGCAACAGAAAAGUUCAUGGUAGGAUGGGGGGUCACAAAUUUAGAAACUUUCUAAGUACAAUAAAGACUACUUAAAGAGCAGGACAGAUGGAUUUUUUUUAGAUCAAGAGCUGUUCUAGAUUCUUCCAGCCAAAAUGCAGACUUGAUACCGAUAAGAUUUCCUGCUCCAAAAAGUAAAGCCUCCAAACAACUUGAAGAGCAGUAGGUGGAAGCCAGGGGUUAUACUAAAAGAAGAUCAUGCUGCAGAUGUGGUCAUCUGGUAAACUGUUGCCAUGAACUUGAAUUUGCUAAAUUUUGUACAAAACGCUUGAAAACCAGGAGGGGGAGCUAGUGCUUAAACAAACAGCCCUCCUACGUUUUAAGCAAGAACCCGUGGAGUUUAAAUGGAGCAGGAAAACCUCACAUAGGACAGAUGAGCAAAACGGAUUUGUUGCUUUAUGUGGCUAUGCUGCACUGAAAGAAUAUUCCACAAUGCUGCCAGUUGUGCUGAGACAAGCAGAAAGAGAAUACAAGUCCUCAAACAGAUCUUAAGCUCAACUUUCAUCAGCUACUGUAAACUAAGCUCAAAAGCAGAUUUUACUAAGAACUACCCCAGUAGCACAUCGUAAAUGGUAAAAGAAGAAAGUAACUUGAGCAUUUUUGAGCAUGUAUUGCUCGAAUACAGAUUCUAAAGCCUGAACUUUGGGAAUUUUAGUGCUUGAUGGAAAAUUCAAAACAAGGCCUGGUUUAAAAAAAUUUAUUUUACAAAAAUUAAAAACAAGUAGUAUUUACAAGCAUUUUAAAUACCAGCUCUAAACCUCAACUCCUAAUAAUGGAUUGGUUACGCUUGUUUAAAAUGCAAGACAAAGUCUUAAAAUUUUAAAAUGCCCAUGUCCAAAAGGGUUGGGGUUUUUUGUUGGGUUUUGGUUUUUUUUUUAAGAAAUGCCAUUAUGGAGCUGUUAGGAAAAAAGAUAUUAUAGAAUAGCUCUUUUUAAAAAAUGUCAGAAUCCCAAGUUGUUCCGUCCUCUAACCACUUUUCAGAUGCUUCUAAUAAAGAGAAAUUGAGCUGU